AUGGCCUCAUCAGACCCCAAAGCUGAAGCUCACUUCAACGUCGUCGUUGACGAUUACGAUGCCAAAUCCAUGUCGGACUUCUCAACGACCACGGAGUCGCCAGGGGCCGGGCAGCAUUCGUCCGCCGCUAGGUUCAAGGCCAUCCAAGACUCAAUAUGGCUCUCGCAACAGUCGGCCAGCUCAGUCAAGGCCCAGGAGCGCGCAAGGAGCGGCAUGACGACGGAAAAACGAAUGACCUUUUUCGAUUGCCUCCGUUGUUAUCCCAAGGCCGUGGGCUGGUCGCUGCUACUAAUCGCGACAGUCAUCAUGGAGGCAUACGACAAGUUGCUCAUCACGGGCCUCUUUGCCUUGCCAACCUUUACCCGGAAAUAUGGAGACCCUUUACAGUCGUCCGGCACAGCUAUCGAAUCCGAAAUCUCACCGACAUGGCAAAUGGCCCUCCAAAAUGCAUCCAUUCUUGCCGAAAUAGUGGGAUUGUUCGCAUUCGGAUUCGUUGCCUCCAUUACCGGUUACCGGCCCAUCAUGUUUAUAUGCCUUGCUUGGAUCUGUCUUGCGGUAUUCCCUGCCGUGUUCGCCGACAAUCUCGAAACUCUGCUGGCGUCUCAGGUCUUGUUGGGGAUCCCAUGGGGUGUCAUACAGACUCUGGCGGCAACGUAUGCCGCCGAAGUUGUACCCUCGCUUCUACGCGCCUUCGUCUUGAGCAAUACAAACACCUGCUGGCUCAUCGGGCAGCUCAUCGGCACCGGGAUCCUCCGCGUUUCCAGCCGUGAGACGACAGAGUGGUCGUUUCGCUUUCCAUUCGCGUUGCAGUGGGCUUGGGCCUUGCCGCUGCUCGUCGGCGUCUACUUUGCUCCCGAAAGUCCAUGGUGGUUCAUACGCCACGAUAAGCCAGAAUAUGCCCGUCAUGCCCUCAGGCGCCUUUCCGACCAAGACGAACUCGACAUUGACAACGCCAUAGCCCUCAUGGCGCACACAAACACCGUCGAGAAAGCACUACAGUACGACGGAACUACAUAUUUCGACUUGUUCAAAGGCACGAACCGCCGCAGGACUGAGAUAGCAUGCAUGGCAUGGGUGUGCCAAGCCCUCUCCGGCGCCACGCUGACCAGUUACGGGCCGUACUUCUUCGAGCAGGCUGGAUUCAAUUUUUCGACUUCCUUUACGUUUUCGACCAUCAUGUACGGCGUCGCAGUUCUCGGGGCUAUACUAUCCUGGGCUUUUAUUCCAUACGCAGGCCGACGAACGCUUUACCUCGCCGGCUUGUCCUCAGCAGUUGUGCUCCUAACCACUGGAGGCAUCAUUUCUGUGGUCUUGACCGGGAAUGAGGGUCCCAGCUGGGCCCUGGGUGGCCUGAUCGUGGCGACGACCUUGUCUUACAACCUCACCAUCGGUCCGGUGUGCUAUGUCCUCGUGGCCGAGGUCCCUGCAACGCGACUUCGGCUCAAAACGGUGGCGCUUGCCAGAAUCGCGUACAACCUAGUCACCAUCAUCAACAAUAUCCUAGCCCCCAAAAUGCUCAAUCCGACUGCGUGGAACCUCGGCGGUAAAGCCUGUUUCGUGUACGCAACCACCGCUCUGCUUUGCCUCGUAUGGUGCUACUUUCGAUUGCCCGAGACCAAGAAGCUUUCCUACCUCGAACUAGACAUCCUCUUUGAGCUCAAGGCUCCGGCACCAAAGUUUAAACAGCUUCAAAAGAAGCUUGAUGAUUCUCCUUACGUCUCCGCAACUGAGGAGGAGCGACGGACGAAUCCUUGGCAUGGAUGGCUAGCAUAUUCCUAA